AGUCUCUUCUUGCAAUCACUUACUGUAAGAGGCUGGUUGCCGGGGGUUUUCUCUUUUGGUGUUGGUGCUCAAUAACAAAAACGCUUUGCCUCACCCAAUUUCUCUCCCUAUCCUAUUUUCUGCUGUUGUUUCGCCAACUCCACUGCUUAACUGGUUUUGUUUUCCUUGCUUUAGAAGCAAGGACUUUGGCGCUAGGUUCUGCUGCCGUUUGCGUCCAGACAGCGAAGCAGUUCCUGUGUAGCGUCCUUCUUGCAUUUUUCUUCCUACAUGUGUCAUAGUACUCUGCCUGUUAUUGCUGUUAUUGCGGUUCCUAAUCGACUUAUACGUCCUUUCCGUUGUCUCCUGCAUUGUCCUCAACUUCCCCAUUUCCAGUCGCUUCCCCACGCGACGGUUCUGCUGUUUGGUUGGCUAGCUGGUCCGCCUUCUCGCUUCUCUUCGAUCUCUUUGUGCACACUAUUGUACAAGCGCACACUGCGUUUUUUUCGUUGGAGAGAAGGUCCUUCCACCCUGUAGAGGAUCUUCGUUGGCUCUAUCUCUACCUUUUCCUUCUUUUCCGCAGUCCACGGCUGGUGUGAAAUGAUUCGCAAGAAGGUGCUCAGCAUCGGCAACAACUCCGCGACUCUGCUCGUGCAGGACACGGAGGCGAAUGGCGCACUGCGGGUGCUGCGCCGCAUUAGUGUUGCCGGCUGGUGCGAGGACGACGUGAAGAUGGCGGAGGAGGCGUGCAACGCACUGCGGGGGGCGCGGCUGCGCGGCUUUGUGCCAAUUCACGCCGUUCUCGUCCAAAACUCUUUCCUCAGCGUUGUAACGUCCUAUGCGCCGGAGGGCGACGUAUCCACUUUUCUAGAGGAUGAGUUAGAUAGCCCGUUGGAGGAGCAGAUGGUGUUACGAUGGCUGUGCGCCAGCGCCCUGUCCAUUCGCGAGAUGCAGGCGCACAAACUCUACUUUCCUGGCUUGACGACGGACCGCCUUUUCCUCGACCACCAGACCGGCGGCACGGCGCAAAUACUUUUAGGUGUUCCGCUCGCACUCCCAGUUUACAUCAACCAAAUGCAGGAGCGGCGCAACAACGGCGUGAAUGUGAGUUUAGACUAUCCGCCCGAGGUGCUGGCACAACCGAAGUGGUCGUUCCACGCGACCGCAACAGAUGUCUGGUGCUUAGGGCGUCUCGGCGAGGUGCUGCUGACGGCGAAAGGCACCGGACUCGCACGACGCUCCGGCAGCACGCGGCAGCUCAUCGCGCGGAUGAUGGCGCCCGAGCCGACAAAGCGGCCGUCGAUGGAGAGCGUCGCGCAGUCGCUGAUUGCCCUCGCAGGAAAUGUGAAGUUGGGCCAGCCUCUGUGGCCCGCCAAAAAGGCAAGCACGACGUCCACCACUGCAGCCCCUACGCCAGCAGCCCCACCACCUCCACCAGCCCCGUCGUCGCACCCGCCAACACCGCUGACAACACAUCAACCCGUGAGCCUGUCCGCCAGUAACAACAGCGUCUCCAAUCCCCCGCCAAGCUCGAGCACGUCAUCCCCCCCGCCAGAGGUGCCGACGACCCGCCUACACAAUAGCCGAAAUAAGUCCGAUACGGGAACCCCGGUUCACCAACCCCCACCACCGCCGCCACAGCCACAGGCUCCCGUGCACCGCGACGCCGUUCCCCGUCCCGCGCACGCGCCGGAUGAUAGCUGGCAUCAACGAGCUCAGCACCAGUUCGAGCAGCUGCAGCGCCUCAACGCCAGCCCGCAGAAGGUCCGCAACGAUGGCCAGGUCAGCCCACGCGGCCCUAAUGCGGACCGGCGACGCAUGUCCGUUGAGCGCAAGUCUCCCAGUCCGCGGCGGGGUGUACGCGGCAGCGGUCCUCUCGACCAGAACACACGUAUGCUGAACGAGAUGUUCGCGGAGCAGGAAGGGUUUUUCCGCGAAGCCAACGGCUCUCGCCCACAGCGGCGCACGGGCCAGAGCGUGGAGGAGCUGCAGCAGCUGCAGGCAGACGCAAUGCGGCAGAUGAAGCUGGACACGGCGCAGCGCCAGCACGAGAUGCGGCGGCACUUUACGGAGUGGCAGCGGCAAAACAACCAGCGCUACACCGAGGCGGACAACGCACUCGUGAUGGAACAGGAUGGCGUGAUGAUUUUGGCACCGCGGCCGACACAGCCGCAUGCACAACCGUCGAUCAGAGCAGCAGCAGCCACACCCUCUCCUCUGCCCUCGGAGAAAACCGGCGACAGCCACUCGACACCCCCGACGACUGUGGCAAGCGAGGACGGGCUCAAUGACGCAGCGCAGGCACCGCGGCCGGCUGCCGCAACGCCCGGCCCGCGCAACGCGUCAGCCCGGGGCAGCAACAAACCGUACCCGAAGACACCGCCGGCCGCGUCGCCCCUCCGUCGAGCGACGCCCAAGUCGGCCUCUUCCUCCUCCUUCAACCGCACGAGUGCCAGCGCACCCGGUGGGCUCUCCUCCGCUGCCGUGCCUCUCCGCGGCAGCGCUUCUCCACGCCCGCAGCCCGCACCGCAGCUGAGCUCGGUACCCCCGCACGUCCGCAAGAACAGUGAGUCAAACAUUCGCCCAGUCACGUCGUUAACGGACAACGGGGGCAAUGGAGAGUGCUCUGCGCGGCUGGACAAUGCCGCGACGCGGAGAGGGUACGUCGACUCCUCCAUGCACUCUGCGGUGGAGUGGUCUGUGGAUGGGAUUCGCAGCACCUUGCGCACGCUGCUGCGUAAUCGGGACCUCUACGGCGACGUGAUGCAAGAAGUGGCUGUUUUUGUGAGCCAAAAGGAAGAGGCCCGUUUGUCUGCCCGAGCGAACGAAGUAUUCAUGUACCGACUUCGGAAGCUAUUACCGGAUGACCGACUCUUCUACGGGGCUGCUCCCCUCUGCGGACAGCUUGUUGCGUUGGAAGGUCUCAACCACACGUUGCGCAAUUCGGUCGGUGGGCCUACCUCACGUUAG